AUGAUUGCAAUAAUCGUCGCGCUGAUUACAAUAGCUGUCCUAUAUUUAUACGGCACCAAAGACUACAAGUAUUGGGAGAAGAAAGGCAUCAAACAUGAAAAACCUAUCCCGUUCCUCGGCAACAACGCAAGGAACUUCCUCAUGCGGAUGAGCACCACAGAACUGCUCGUCGAAAUGUACUGGAAGUAUCCGAAUGAGAAGGUGGUGGGUUUUUACAGGGCGUUCCGAAGAGAACUGAUUAUACGCGAUCCGGAGAUAGCCAAGCGAGUGCUGACGACGGACUUCGUGCAUUUCUACCCGCGAGGAAUCAAUCCGCACAAGAAGCACAUCGAGCCGAUGCUCCGAAACAUUUUCUUCGUGGACGGCGACGUCUGGCGUCUGCUUAGGCAACGUAUGACGCCCGCCUUCACCAGCGGCAAGCUGAAGGCAAUGUUCCCUCUAAUCGUGGAACGCGCUGAGAAGCUACAGACGCUCGUUAUAAGCGCCGCGUCAAGUGGUCGCGUAUUGGACGCCAGAGACUUGAUGGCACGCUACACGACAGACUUCAUCGGCGCCUGCGGCUUUGGACUCGAAUCAGACUCACUCAGCGACGAAAACUCCCCUUUCAGACAGCUGGGUGCGAAAAUCUUCAAUGUAACUACGAAACAAGUCAUUAUGAACAUGCUCAAAAUAAUGUUUCCCGAAGUGUUUAAGUAUGUGAAACUACAAGCGGAAGUGGAGGCUGAUAUAGUAAUGAUAGUGAAUGAGAUAUUGAAGAAAAGGAACUAUCAGCCGUCAGGAAGAAACGAUUUCAUAGAUCUGUUGUUGGAAUGUAAAGCGAAAGGUAUACUAGUGGGUGAGUCUAUAGAACAUUUCAAACCCGAUGGAACACCGGAAAUUGCUAAAUUGGAGUUGGACGAUCUGGUAAUGGCCGCGCAAGUCUUUAUAUUCUUCGCUGCUGGAUUUGAGACUUCAUCGUCAUCCACCAGCUACACGCUACACCAGUUGGCUUACAAUCCGGAUAAACAGAAAAAAGUGCAAGCGGAAAUCGACCGAGUACUCGCUAAAUAUGAAAACAAACUUUGCUACGACGCCAUAAAGGAAAUGACAUACCUAGAAUGCGCCUUCAAAGAAGGCAUGAGAAUGUUCCCAUCUCUGGGAUUUUUAGUUCGCCAAUGCGUCGACAAAUACACCUUCCCAGAGAUAGACUUAACGAUCGAUCAAGGUGUGCAGAUAUUCAUUCCAGUGCAAGCGAUGCAGAACGAUCCGAAGUACUUCGAGAGUCCCGAGCAAUACCGGCCAGAGCGCUUCCUGCCCGGUGAAUUUGAUUCGUACAAGAGAAAUGUUUACCUGCCCUUCGGCCUCGGACCCAGAGCUUGUAUAGGUAAC